CGGCAGGCCGCGCAGGCGCAGUGAGUCAGUGCCGGUCAGUCCUGUGGGCUGAGGGGCAGAGGCUCGGCGGGAGGCGUCUGCAGGGGUCGCCGAGCAAGCCCGUGGCUAGGCGAGUGGGGCGGGGCGGCCGGCACCAUGUCGAGGCAGGCGAACCGUGGCACCGAGAGCAAGAAAAUGAGCUCUGAGCUCUUCACCCUGACCUAUGGUGCUCUGGUCACCCAGCUAUGCAAGGACUAUGAAAAUGAUGAAGAUGUGAAUAAACAGCUGGACAAAAUGGGCUAUAACAUUGGAGUUCGACUGAUCGAAGAUUUCUUGGCACGGUCAAAUGUCGGGAGGUGCCAUGACUUUCGGGAAACUGCAGAUGUCAUUGCCAAGGUGGCGUUCAAGAUGUACUUGGGCAUCACUCCAAGUAUUACUAAUUGGAGCCCAGCUGGUGAUGAGUUCUCCCUCAUUUUGGAAAAUAACCCCUUGGUGGACUUUGUGGAACUUCCCGAUAACCACUCAUCCCUUAUAUAUUCCAACCUCUUGUGUGGGGUGUUGCGGGGAGCCUUGGAGAUGGUCCAGAUGGCUGUGGAGGCCAAGUUUGUCCAGGACACCCUGAAAGGAGACGGUGUGACAGAAAUCCGGAUGAGGUUCAUCAGGAGGAUUGAGGACAAUCUUCCAGCUGGAGAGGAAUAAUCAUCCCUGGGACUCUAGGAUAGCCAGCAGGAACACCGUCGGAAUCAGCAGGCCUCUGUGCUUCCUCAGCCCUCCAGAACUCAGUGACUCUUGAACACGGAUGUUAUAUAUUCUUAUAACCUGUUUCCAUUCCCCAUUCAAAUAAAGAGCAGACUGUGAUAUAGUCCAUUUACCCCAUGUGUGCACAUUCAGGAGCGACAUUCUUUGCUCCCAUUCCCUUGAGAGGGGCUGGAUGUAAUCACCCUUGGUUGGACUAAAAAGAGCUCAAACCAUUUUACAUUCCUGUUUGAAUUUUCCAAAGCAAAACCCACUUUGACCCCAUUAAGAGGCAAGCCUGGCACAUCUAUCCCUGGGCCUUUAGAAAGCCAUUUGCCUCAGAUGGCUAUAGGGUUGUGGGGUGGAGGGAGGAAAGGCUGGGAGGGAGUGGGUAGGAAUUGCUAGCUGUAGUGUGACACACCAUAGUGCUUGCCAGGAAAGGAGCCAGUUAUGCCAGAAACACUGACUUCUGGGAAGCCACCCAGGUCUCAUUCCUCCCUGCUGUUCGGAGGCAACAUCUCCUCUUUUUACAGAGGGUACAUCCUUUUUUCUUACAAAUUCUUCAAUAAAGACACAUUCUUGAGUGAAAUCCCAA